GAAGAGAUAUGCGAUUAAUAUGACUGCUAGAAUGCAAAUAAGGAAUACUAAGGACCUAGAAAGCGUUGUUCUGUGAGUCAAUCCUGCUAGGAGGUUGGCCUCUGUUUCAUUGAUUGAUGGGGAAAGAUGAGAGGAUGGGAUGGCUAUGGUAGCUCAUUUGAGAUAAUUUGAAAAAUGGAGGGAAGCAGGACUUACCAAAACAGUAAUUCAUUGGCACUGCUAUAUUUGAGAUCAUGUGUACACUAUGAAUCGAUCAAGCUAUCUGACAUGCAUUUCAUACACCGUUCAACCAUUGAGGGACAAGCACAGAAGUUAUGUGAAAGGGCUAAUCACAAUGGUAUCAUUCACCAUUCCCUUUAUCAAAUGGACCAUGCCCCUUAACAAUCAAAGGCUAGCCAUGGAGUAGUUAAGAGGUCUGAAGUUGCAGUUCUGG